AUGGUGUACAUUCGUCAGGACCGGCUCCCCAAGCUCAAGGAGUACAAGUACUCGGGCGUCGACCACAGCUUGCUGUCGCGCUAUGUCUUAAAGCCGUUCUACACACACGUCGUCAUUAAGUGUUUUCCAUUGUCUAUGGCGCCAAACCUGAUCACCUUGAGUGGGUUCAGCUUUGUCAUUGCAAACUUGAUGACUAUGUUCUACUUCACUCCUGGUAUGGAUCAGGACUGCCCGUCUUGGGUUUACUAUUCGUGGGCCAUUGGUCUUUUCACAUAUCAGACCUUCGAUGCUGUUGAUGGCAGUCAAGCAAGAAGAACCAGACAAAGCGGUCCCCUUGGUGAACUGUUUGAUCACGGAGUGGAUGCACUGAACACUUCUCUGGAAGUCCUUAUCUUCUCGGCAGCUAUGAACUUGGACCAAGGCUGGAAGACUAUGCUAAUCCUCUUCGCCUCUCUCCUGACUUUCUACGUGCAGACAUGGGAUGAGUACCACACUCACACUCUGACUCUUGGUAUCGUCUCAGGCCCUGUCGAGGGUAUCAUCACUCUGUGCAUUGUAUACGCCUUUACUGGUUACGUUGGUGGCGGCAGUUUCUGGCACCAAUCCAUGUUGGCUUCCUUGGGCAUGCCACGCUACGACUUCAUCCCUGCCAUGUUCUACGAUAUGCCCUGGACGGACUGGUACAUGGUCUACGGAGGUGUAGUUCUAAUCUUCAACACCGUCUUGAGCGCCAUGAACGUCAUGGCUGCCCGCCGUCUGCGCAAAGAGAACCCUAUCUUUGCUCUCUACGGCUUGGCUCCCUUCUUCCUUACCUGGAUUGUUAUUCCUGCCUAUCUCUUCCUUCAACCCGUCAUUUUGCGCCAGCACCUUGUGCCUUUUGUGUUUUACGUUGGUAUCGUCAACGCCUACUCGGUCGGCCAGAUGAUUACUGCUCAUCUCACAAAGUCGCCCUUCCCCAUGACCAAUGUGUUGGUCUUGCCUCUGGUCUUUGGCGUCAUCGACAGUCUUGGUCCUUUCUUGCACGAACAUGCUGGCUUUGGUUGGCCCAGUGCUCUAGGCGAUGGACAGUACCAGGUUGCCUUCAUGUUCUCGUGCCUGGGCCUUGCAGUCGGUGUGUACGGCAGCUUUGUCGUUGAUGUCAUCGUUACCAUUUGCGAUUACCUUGAUAUCUGGUGUUUGACCAUCAAGCACCCUUACAUUCCUGAGACUGAGGAGAAGAAGACUCGUUGA